AUGUACUUCAAGGUCCGGGAAGUGUUGGACAUCGAGCUCUACUGGCUGGUGAACUUCAACAUGGACGUUCUGACCAAGUGCAACGAGGCGAAGAAAGAUGUGUUCGCUUCUGGUCAAGGACGUCUUCCAAGUGACGUCAACCUUGCUCGUAGCUUGCAACCGGUGAUGGAUGCUGCGGGGAGUGGCCGGUCUGGCCUGGACUUGGAUGAAGGUGAGUUGGAAAGGAUCAGACAGAGGGUCCUACGUGAGGCUGAGGAGAACUUCAAGAUGGAGAUCAGAAAGCUGAAGGGUGAAGGUGGGACGGAUUCAAGGUCCUAUCACUCGGCUUCGUCUGGUGGUGAUCAAGGAGCUCCUCAUGCGGCUCAAGGUGAUCGAGCGGGUUUGGGGUCGAGUACAACACCGUCCAGAGGGGAUCGCGUGGGCUUGGCUUCGAUGGCAACUCCAAUUCAUGGUGGAGCUGCAGUGAAUGGAACUCCGGGUCAGGGUCUUCAAGGAGUGGUUUCUCCUCCGGGCUUGGAUCAACGGGGAUUUCUUCAAGGUGGUGUUCAAGGUGGACAUGGGGAGUCGUUGAAGAGUUACGAGCUUCCUCCUCUACCUGAUUGUCCUCACAAAACAGCUUUGGGUGGCAUCAACGGCGGCGAUACCAAAACGCCGAGAAGGGUCAGUAAGAUCAAGGAAAAGAUGACUCCGGAGAAGGGUAGUCCUGGUGCAGCUCAGGGGGAGAAGGUCGCCAAGGUGGUUGCACAGGAUCAGAUCAAAGGCGCAUCAACGGAUGGGGUUGCAGCUGAAAAAGAGCCUGUGCAGGUUCCGGUGUCUGUUGCUCCUGCUCAAGUUCAAGAAGCUCCCAAGGAGACGGCGGCAGAUCUGAUGAAGGACCACAAGCCGAUAUUGAGAAAUCGUGGACCUCCGGGACCCAGGCGUCUCCGUGGAAGAGAUGAUGAGCGGUGGCACCUGGAUCACCUGGAUCCCUUCGAGUUGGAGCUUGUCAACAGCGACAGCGCGCUGAUGUUGAAGCACAUGGCGCUGUGGGUGAAGUCAAAUGAAUGCCGGACUCUGCCGAUGGAGCCAACUGUUUUUUUCAUGGAGUCCCCCGAGGAUCCCAAGGACUACUUGGAGGAUGAGGAGGAAGCCAAGAUUUGUCCGAGCUUCAACUUCAAGGAGGUCCAGCAGUUCGUCGGGAAGGACCAGUACUACGAGGAGGCCGUGGAAUCCGAGGAGGAGACCAGCGAUGGCAGCGCAUCACUGGGGACCGCUGCACUGCACCUGAAAGGUCUAACUCUUCCAGCGCUUCCAGCUGCGUCAAGUUGGGAUCUGCUGAGCUAA